GUUGUGUGCUGCAUGUUUUUGCUUUGUUAUUGUUCUACUGUUGAUUGCUGGUUCUGUGUUGUUAGAACAGUAUCGUGUGUGUAGUGUAAGGAAUAUGGAUGUAAAUAAAGCACAGGAGGACAGUGGGGCCAUGGAUGAGCUGGAGGAUGAGGAGCUGUGUGAAGCUCUAGCUGUUUUGGCUGGUAGUGAUCCGGAUAAGUGUUCAUAUCCUCGGGGAUAUGUGAAAAGACAGGCUGUGUUUGCUUGCAGCACUUGCACAGGUGAGGGCAUGGAUCCAGCUGGCGUCUGCCUUGCCUGUGCUAACACCUGCCACGAUGGCCACCACAUCUACGAACUGUACACGAAAAGGAACUUUCGCUGUGAUUGUGGGAACCGCAAAUUUGGCUCGUUUAAGUGCAAGCUGAUCCCUGACAAAGAGGGACAAAACAUCAAGAAUGUGUAUAAUCACAAUUUCUUUGGUCGUUACUGCUCCUGUGACAGACCUUACCCUGAUGAGGAUGAUAAGGUUGGUGAAGCAAUGAUUCAGUGUAUUCUCUGUGAAGACUGGUACCACUCAAAGCAUCUGGGUUGUGCAGUUGUGGACUCUGAGGACUUGCUGGAGAUGGUGUGUGAGGGUUGUAUGAACAGAGCUCCCUUCCUGUGGACCUACGCCGCCUACUUUGCAUGUCCCCCAGUAACCAAAGUGAGUCUUUGUAAAGAUGAUAAUGAUACUGUGGCAGAAAACAAAGAAGUGAAGGAUUCAAUGUUGCCUUCAUGCACUAAUGGCCAUGAUGGACCCUCCACAAGUAAAGACUGUCAAAAGGAAGCAAAGCUCACUAGUAAUGGAAUUAAAGCUGUAAACUACAAGCGGACGCGUGAGGAGAUGGAGAGGCGUCCUGCUAAGUGCCAGUCUGAAACUGCACCAUGUAAACUGAAGGAGUUAAAGGCCAAAGGCUUGGUGAGGCCAAGGGUGGGGGCAGCGUUCUGGCCAUACGACUGGCGGUCCAAGCUUUGUACUUGCACAAGCUGCAAGAGAUCGUAUGUGGAGGCUGGCGUUCAGUUCCUGAUGGAUGAGUCAGACACAGUGCUUGCAUACGAGAAUAGGGGCGAGGCAUUGCUGGAGGAAGACCUGCUCAUGUCCUGCCUCAGUUCCCUGGACCAUGUCCAGCAACUGGAGAUCAUUUACCAGUACAAUGAUAUUAAAGCAGAGCUACGCGAGUUCCUGCAGCAGUUUGCUGACCAGGGAAAGGAUGUGACCCCUGAGGCUAUCCACAUGUUUUUUGAAGAGCUUCAGUUGAAGAAAAGGAGACGGGCCAGUGCUGGGCCAUAUUACUGCAGCUGAUGUGGUUUAUGGAUGGCCAUCCUUGCCUUCCUGUUUCUUCCUUUCUAAGCAUACGUAGAAUGUGAAUUCAAAAAGACUGGCUUUAAGGAGGAGACGCAAUUGCAAGUGUUUAAUUUUAAGCUGCUAGUGUGCACGGCGCACGCCUAAUGUCUAACGCUACGUUCACACUGCAAGGCUUAAUGCUCAAUUCCGAUUUUUUUGUGAAAUCCGAUUUUUUUGUGAGGUCGUUCACAUUAACAAAUAUAUGCGACUUGUAUGUGAUCCUCAGUAUGAACAAAAAGCGACCUAAAAGUGUUCCGCAUGCGCAUUGCAGGAUAUGACGUCACACGCAGUGAGCAUGGGCAGUGUUUACGGAAGUAAAACCGCCCGGUUGCAGUAUGACCCAUCCAAUCUAGCUUGAAUAGCUGUAUCCCCCCCCAAAUGGAAAUCAGCUCCCUAACCUCUGCGUCCUUCCAUUGAGAAGAUUCAGAACCUUCACAGCCCGAAGCGUCCCUCGCAUUGAUGUCAUGCGCAGGGGCGCAGAUACGUUUUUUGAACUGGGGGGGACAAAGCUGCCAGCAAACCAACCCCAACCCCGAUAUGCCUGUCAAACUUGUUGUGGGUUACCAUAGCAACCAAGCUCGAGCUCGCAACCUGUGCAGUCUGCGCAGCUCAACCAACCGAAUAUCAGUCUUUGUUUUGUUUUAUGCGAGUUGUUGCAACUAUGUAUACACUGCUGUGCACCUCAAUAAACCGAAUGGUAAUUAGUCUUUUGAUUUUUCCAUGAGGUUUGCCUUAUGCAAAGAAAGACAGCAUCGACGUUUUUUCCUCCCUAUAAGUGGGGGGGGACCGAGCGAAGUGAAUUUAAAUCUGGGUGGGACGAGUCCCACCCUCUAUCUGCGCCCGUGAUUAUGCGCCAUGUUGUUGUAACUUUUUUUGAGAGACCCGCCGCCUACUUCAGCGCAGAAUAGUGACGUUUGUGGCUUGUUGAUGACGUGCAAGUCGGAUGAAUGCGACCUGGCGGUUCAGACUGAAGUCGCAUAUGAAAAGAGCGGAUAGGAAUCGGAAUUAGGACCACAUAUCCAAACGGCCUGGGUCGGAUUUGAAAAAAUCGGAUCUGUGUCGUUCAUAUUGUCAAUAAAAGAUCGGAUACAGGUCACAUAUGGGCGAAAAGAUCGGAUUUGAGUCACUUCAGCCUGCAGUGUGAACGUAGCCUAAAGGUAGGUGGAGUGGGUAUCAGUUUAUGUCCACAUUAACUCAUGUAUAAGGUGGUCAAAAAGCCUGGACUGAUCAUGAUGAGCUGGAUGGGAUCCAAAAGCUGCAGACAUUUUAAUGGCAACAACCUGAACGUUCAAUUUGUUGAUUAUUAUGCUUUCCUCAAACUGGAUGAUUAAAUACAACUCCGGAAUGCA